AUGAUAUGCGGAGAGGUAUAUGCUUGCUUGGCAGGAGGGGUCGAAACAACGACUGAAAAGUGCACUAUGGAAUCACAAGGAAACAUGAGAACAUUGCUCGUUGCUCAUGAUUACCUCGGCUCUUCAGUUGAUGUCGUGCGAUUUGGCCUCUGUUAUGAGAAGGGCAGAAAGUCUACUAUAGUGUCUAUUGCUAGCCGCUUUGUUCAGCAUCGAGCUGUUAUAUUUCCUCCAUUUGCUACGGAUCGCGGCGACUUGCUGACUCUUACUGAGGACCGAUUUGUCAUGAAUGACACCAAAAUCGGAUCGGCGUUCCGUUACCUAGUGGAAGUCGUUGAUUUGACUAACGACGGCUUCCGUGUCCUACAUAUCGCUGCGCCAUUUGAGCAUCGCUUAGAUUCUGAUGGCCAUUUUGGCGGAGUCAUCCAUGUUCAUUACUUACAGGCGAUGAAGCGAAACAAGAUUGUAAUCAUAACUCCGACCCAAAUAGAUUGGUUGAAAAGAUUUUCAAGAAGAGGGAUCGCAGUGGAUGACUCGCAUAACAUAACUCGCUAUAAUUUGAAGCUGGCCACAGUCACAGUAGCGGAUGAAAAAGAUAGAGGGUUACCGGCAGCCUUCCUUCUCAGUGGUACUAUGACAAGCGAAGAUGUGCGUCUAUUGUUUGCUGAAAUUAAGAAGCUGGUGCCAGAGUUUGACCCUCUGCAAAUCGUAGCAGAUGAAGCACCAUGUUUUGUCAACGCUUUUCGCAUGGAAUUUCCGAAUUCGAAGGCUAGAUUACACUAUUGUCGAUGGCAUAUAGAUCAAACUUUCAAGAGAGCUACCACGAGAUUUGUUGAGGCGCGCUUGCGGCCAAGAAUCAAUAAAGACCUACACGAUUUACUUUCAAUCAACGACUUGAGCACCUUCGAAGGAAAAUUCGCACAGAUCCUCGCGUAUCUCGAGAUAGAAGGGCAGGGAGCAAUGCUUCAGUAUCUGAAGGACAAUUAUCUAGGUAGAACUCGUAGUUGGGCCUCAUUCGCAAAUCAUGGAGUUCUCGACAUUACUAUGAUAAGCGAGAGGUGGCAUCUCCACCUCAAACAAGAUUUUCUUCAACGAAACGCCAACUCCCGCGCCGAUUUCUUAGUUGAUCUCCUAAUCCGAGCUGUCGAAGACAUUGCUGACACUGCAGAGAUUAGGGAUCGCCGUCGUUCAGCCAAUGCCUCAUAUCGCAUCCAAGAAACAACAAAGUGUCAUCGGUGGGCUAUGACCAUAUAUGGGAAGAGGCAAGAGAAGAUCACAAUGAUCGGAGAAAGGAAGUGGCAACUGCAAGGAAAAACUCCCGAUGAAGUCUACAUAGUCACGCAAUCAGACUGCGAGUGUGCCGAUGCAUUGAGUAGAAAUGUACAUUGCCCUCUGUGUAACAUAUACCCCCAUGCAUGGAAUUGUACCUGUCUCGAUAACCGCGCAGGCAUCAGCUGCUUACACAGACAUGCAACGAAAUUAUAUGGAGGACCGUUAGCGCUUUUAUCGGAAACGGCAAUCACAGAAAAUCCGGUAGCUACAACACAGGAGUUGGAAAAUUUUGUGAAUAUCACUGAAGCAACUUCCUCUAAUGCGGUGACUGAGGCACAGGAACGGAGAGACCAGAGAAGUCAGAUACGGAACAAUAUUGAAAGCAAGUUUUCGGUCAUCACUGCGAACGUGAACUCAUUAGUCAACACCGAUACGGAGCAAGCGUUGAGCUUCCUGAAGGACAUUUACGAAUUGGUGGAUCAAGCGUCUAUGAUAAAACUUCAUCCUGUUUCUGAGGUCAACCUAGCAGUUCGACCAGAACUUGCCAAGCCCGGAGGAAAGCCACUUUUAACAAAAGCGGAACUUUUUACUCGUUCCCAGUAUCGCAGCAGAAAAAAGCAAAUUGGAGAAAAGUAA